CCCAGGGUUUCCUUGUGUAGGGACGGGACGGCUCCCCACCCUUUCGACUCAGUGUCUAGUCCUCCCAAGAUGGCGGUGGCGAAGUCCGAGGCGGGCAGGGCCGCUACCGCAUACUUCCGUACAGCCAGACCUUGUCUCUCGCUGAUCACCGUCCUGGGGCUCGGGUAUUUCGGGUGGAUUGUCUUCUGGCCGCAGAGUAUCCCGUAUCAGAGCCUAGGGCCCCUGGGCUUCUUCACUCAGUACUUGGUGGACCAUCAUUACACCCUCCUGUACAUUUGGUAUUGGCUUGCCUGCGUGAUUCACAUGGGAGAGGCCUUUUAUGCCAUGGUAUUGUGCAAGUCUAAAGGCAUCACAGAUGGUUGGGCUCAACUACUCUGGAUCCUACAGACUUUGUUGUUUGGGAUAGCAUCUCUCUCCAUCUUGAUGGCUUACAAACCGAAACGCCAAAAACAUACUUAAAAGAAGAUAUCCAAAAGAUUUCUCUAUACUUUGACAUUCAACUUCAUCUUUUUGGGGGGAUGUUGUAUUUAGAGAGUUAAGACCCUUUCAUUAUUCAUAUUCUUUGACACACUUGAGUUUGUGUAGGUAAACUGUCUUCAGACUGAAGUCUGAGCUUGAGUAGAUAACAGGCAAAGACUUUUGCUUUCCAGUUCUGCAGAGUAACCUUUUGGCAGAGGGCUUCCAGCUGCCUCAGGGUCCUUGGCUGUGUUGUCGCUCUCCCUGUCAUCUGCUUUACCCGCUCAGUGUGCUUGUCGGUGCACCUCUGCUUCCACCUUCUGACUAACACUUCUCACCCUUACCACCAGCUUAGCUGUCCUUUCCCCCAACUUUUCCACCAUUCUGGACAAAGACAGAGUGACAUUUUCACAGCACAUCUAUUCCACACAUUUAUUAGGCAUCUGUGAGUCACGAUCUUAUCUUCUCAAAUUUCCGUUUCUCACACUAUGGAGAAAAGUAAAUGCCUUGAGCGGGGCAGGCUGAGCCGUUACACAGGAGCACAAAGAACACACUUGAGAACCCAGAGGAGAGGGCUGGGGAAUACCUUCCCUGAUCCUGCCAGCCAGGAGUGGUUCUUCCCUCCAUGUGGCCCCUGGGACACAGUGCUCUCUAGUGUGCGGGGGCUGAUGGCCACUGCUAGAUUGCUCCUUCAAGUCAGGACCACAUCUUAGAUAGCUUUCUUUUUUCUUUAGUUCCUGGCCUAUUACCUUACACAUGGGUUCUAUCAGUGUUAAUUAAACAAAGGAGGGGAACUCUUGAUUUCUCUUUCUACUUGUUCAGUAUUUCAAUUUUUACAUGAAAACUGGAGAAUCCAUUCAGUGCAUCCUCUUCUUAGGACUGCCAUGCCUGGGAGUGCUGCCUUUCUGGUGGGAGCCUGUAUCCUUUUCACACUCUACUAUUCUUGGUCACUUUCUCCAGACUCUGGAGAUAUCUCCCUCUAGCUCUGGCUUACUCAAAGAUUCCUGUUCUGGAGGAUUUAAUUGGCCAGUUACUACCUCUCCCAUUCACUUGGUUAAACCUUACGAAUACUGGCUGGUUGGGGCAAGGGGUUCAUUGAGUCUGUCCCCUGACCUGGGUAGAAUGACUUGUCACCAUUCAGGCUUUUUUCCUGGAGGACUGCCUGCUUGUUCUGUAAGGCUUAGACCUUAAUUUCCUUCCAUGAGUAGGUGUGUUAUUUUAAGUAAACAUUUAGGAGAAACAGCCCACUCCCCAAAAAGAGGCCCCGAAUAGAAGCAGCACAACCCUGAAAGAUUAUAGACUAUGAAUUGAUUCUGAAGGCUAAUGAUUUCUACAAAUCUGUCUUUCCCUUUGUUAUUCUUGCAAGUAAGGGGUUGGUACGGAAAUAGAUUUUUCAUGUACUUAAACAUAUUGAAAUCCAGCCCAAUUUUUUAAAAGCAUGGCCCUCUUCAAAGAGAAGUAAUGACAAUAAUAUUAAGGGGGACAGGAACAAUAUGUCGGAUUAUUGAAUAAAAUGAUAUGAAUUAUCUAAUCGAA